AUGGCUCCAAUCUGGACAAUUAUUUUAUUUCUCAACACAGUAUCUCCAGCCCAAUCUGUGGAUUUUUCCAGACCAUCUUUUCUCUCAGUGCAGUCUGGAGAACGUGUUACUCUUAACUGCCCAUUUGGAGAUAUUCCUAAGGCUGAGAGUGUGGUCUGGUACAAACAAAUAUUUGGAGAAAUGCCUCAAAAAGUGGGAGAAAGAUUAGCUUAUAAGGAUUUCGAUAUUUUCCCCGAGUUCAAAAUUUCAGGAUUUACAAUGGAGACGACUGAUAAUGGCAUUUCUCUGACAAUUCCACAUAUAAAAACAGAUCAUGGAGGACUUUACUACUGUGGAAAAUUUAGCUGGGAGAAUUUCACAUUAUCUAUUGGAACAUUCUUGGCUGUAACAGGUGAUGAAAAUGUAAAAGUGUCCGUGCUGCAGAGCAACGCAUUGAAGUCUGUUUCUGCAGGAGCGUCAGUGACUCUGCAGUGCUCGGUUCUCUCUGAGAGCAGAGCAGCAGAUCUCCAAGUGCUCUGGUUCAGAGCUGCUCCACCACAAUCCCAUCCUCAAAUCAUUUACACUCAUCACAACAGCAGCCAUCAGUGUGAGAGCAGCUCUUCUACACGCACCUGUGUGUACAACUUCUCCAAGAACGUCCUCAGCCUCAACGAUACUGGCACUUACUACUGCGCUGUGGCCGUGUGUGGGAAGAUCAUUUUUGGGAAUGGGACACAAGUACAAAUGGAGAACUCUGGUUGGUGAACAAUUUUUAUUUUUUAAUUUUUAUAGGUGAAGAAAACUAAAAAAAUAAAAGAAUUUGGCUGAUGAAAUGUUUUGGAAUAUUAUUUGGUUUUCAACUAAAAAAAUUACUAUUUUGCAUUCUGUAAUUUUUUAACAUGAUCAGUGGUUGUAAAUAUUUAGACCAUUACUCAGAGUGAUAUAUUUUAUGUCUACAGUAAUAGCUGUUGUAUCAUGUCUAC